UUCCAAUCGUAUAUUUAAACCCACCGUCUCUCCUUCUCUCCUUCUCUAUUUUUCUAUUUCUCUCUCUUUCCAAAAUCAGGAAAUAUAUAAUAAAAAUAAAAACUUUUAUCGUUUCACAAUCACGGCCUCCUCUCAAUUCUCAAUUCUCAAUUCUCACUUCUCAAUUCUGAAACCCCAAAUCCAGCAAAAUUCAUCCCGAAAAAGCUGCCAUCUAUUUUAAUGCUGCAGCAUUUCCCUCCAAAUUAAUCUCUCACAUAACCCCACAAUCCUUCCUCCGCCGCCUCUGCAUUUUCCCCCAAUUUUCUUCUCUUCUUCAAUGGCCGACCGGCCCGACCCUGACAAGAAGACCGAAACCACCAGGAAAGAUAUGCCCGCCCUUCUCCUUGGCCGAUACGAGAUCGGGAAGCUCCUUGGCCAUGGCACCUUCGCCAAGGUCUACCAUGCCCGAAACAUCAAAACCAACGAUAGCGUAGCCAUUAAAGUCAUCGACAAGGAGAAGAUCCUCAAGGGCGGUUUAAUCGCUCACAUCAAACGCGAGAUCUCAAUCCUCCGACGUGUUCGACAUCCUAAUAUUGUGCAACUCUUCGAGGUUAUGGCCACUAAGGCCAAGAUCUACUUCGUUAUGGAAUACGUCCGCGGAGGUGAGCUUUUCAAGAAGGUCUCCAAGGGCCGAUUGAAGGAAGAGGUCGCACGGAAGUACUUUCAGCAAUUAAUCUCCGCCGUCGCUUUCUGUCACGCCCGUGGUGUUUAUCAUCGCGACCUUAAACCGGAGAACUUACUGCUCGAUGAGAAUGGGAAUCUCAAGGUCUCCGAUUUUGGCCUCAGCGCCGUCUCCGAUCAAAUUCGACAAGAUGGGUUGUUUCAUACUUUUUGUGGUACUCCGGCGUAUGUGGCUCCGGAGGUUUUGGCCCGGAAAGGCUACGAGGCCGCGAAGGUCGAUAUUUGGUCAUGUGGGGUUAUUCUGUUUGUUUUAAUGGCAGGUUAUUUACCCUUCCACGACCAAAACAUUAUGGCAAUGUAUAAGAAGAUUUACAAAGGGGAGUUCCGUUGUCCGAGAUGGUUCUCGCCGGAGCUAAUUCGACUUCUAACACGUCUUUUAGAUACAAAUCCCGAAACUCGUUUCACAAUUCCUGAAAUCAUGGAGAAUAGAUGGUUCAAAAAGGGGUAUAAGCAUAUCAAAUUCUACAUCGAAGAUGAUAAGGUAUGCAGCAUUGAGGAUGAUACCGAUGAUGUUGAUUCCUUGUCGGAUCAGUCACAAUCGGAAUCGGAUUCCGAAAUAAUUGAGACCAGACGAAAGGUUACCUCACUCCCAAGACCCGCGAGUUUGAAUGCAUUUGAUAUAAUUUCGUUUUCACCGGGAUUUGAUCUUUCUGGAUUAUUUGAAGAUGGAGGGGAAGAGGCAAGAUUUGUGUCAAGUGCUCCGGUGUCGAAGAUUAUAUCAAAAUUGGAGGAGAUUGCAAAAUUGGUGAGUUUCACUGUGAGGAAGAAGGAUUGCAGGGUUAGUUUAGAGGGGUCACGGGAAGGAGUGAAAGGGCCAUUGACAAUCGCAGCUGAGGUAUUCGAGUUAACGCCGAAAUUGGUGAUGGUAGAGGUGAAGAGGAAAGGGGGAGAUAAAGAAGAGUAUGAGCAGUUCUGUAACAAUGAAUUGAAGCCAGCAUUGUUGAAUCUGAAGGUGGAGGAUUCUGGUGAUCCUUCACAUAUACCAUCAGAUACUGAAUGAAGAAGUUUCCGGAUAACAGAUAAAAUAAGGGAAAGAAGAAAAGGGUAUGCUUUUCUUUCAUUCUCUUUGACUUCUUCUCCUCUGCUCUAACUUAAGCUCCAACCCCAUUGUAUGAUAACUUCCUUCAUUUUGUUUGUUUCUUUUGAGCUUCUCUUUUUGUUUUUGUUUUUGUUCAUUGUGCUUCUCUGUAAUUUGGUUGCCUCUCUAGAGUGGGGUUUUUAGAUUCAAUGCAAGUAGAACAAAAAAAGAAACAAAGAGAAGAAGAAAAAAAAGUGGUGAUUUAUUAGAUGUUAAUAUGUAAUCUUCAAAAGGUGUGUGUGAUGUAAUCUUGUUUUGACUUCGAGAAGGCUAGCUUAGAGUGGAGACUAAGAGAGAGUAAAGUGAAAGUUGUGUAUUUGGCACUGGCAGACAUUUAUAAGCUGUACGUAUGAAGCAUAUGAAGAAAUAAAAACAAAAAGGGGAAAAAAAUCUAAUAUGAUUAUUGAUUUUACA